AUGAAGACAAGUUUGCUCUCAAUCCCUUCUAAAAAGACAGAGGAUGUCAAUUGGACAAAACCAAUCAACAAUUAUCUUCUUUCAAUUUAUGGCAAUACAUCUGAGUACCAGCAAGAUUUGGCCACUUUCAAUAGCUUGAGACAAGAUAUCAAAGGCGGUCUAAAUGCUGACGUUAACGGAUUAAAGAUUUAUUACAAGUACUAUAGUUUGCUCGAAUUAUUGGAUUUGAGGGUCCCAUUUGCUACGCUAAACAAGCACAAGAAGAUAAGCUUUACUUGGUUUGAUUCUUUCCAACCCAAGCUAUCUUACAAGCAAUAUGCACUACCAUUCGAGAAGGCAAGCAUUCUCUUUAAUAUUGGAUCACUUAUAUCAGAGAUUGCUCUUAAGAAAUAUGGUGAUUCUUCCAUGGACGACGAUUCCUAUAAGGAGAUUCUUCUCUUGUUACAGCAGGCGGCUGGGAUUUUCCAAUUCCUCGGUGAAAAUUUCCUUCAUGCUCCUUCAAAUGAUCUAAACCAGGCCACAAUUAAGUUCUUAAUUCAAUUAAUGCUUGCUCAGAGCCAAGAAUUGUUUGUAUUGAAGGUAAUUAGUGGAGAUAUGGAGCAGAAAAAGAACUCUUUGAUAUCAAAAUUAUGCAAGGGAACCGCCAGUUACUACGAGGAAUGUUUUAAAAUGGUGAGCCACUUGAAGAGUAAAGUUGGAGAUGGUGGUUUGGAGGAAAAUUAUGAUGAAGAAGACGAAGAAGAUGAAGAAGAUGAAGGUAACGGGUAUGAAGUUAGAGAUACCGCUCUUGAUGACUUCGAAUACGAUCCAGACGCAAAUAUCGGUGAUGAUUCCACAGCAGAGGGUGAGAAGAUCAUCAAAAUCAACCUGAAUUGGAUUUCGAUCAUAGAAUUUAAAAAGAUCUAUUAUUCUUCAUUAUCCUUAUACUUUCAUGGAUUACAGUGCGAGGCGGGCAAGAAAUUUGGAGAUGCAAUUGCCUAUCUUUCCAAGUCUUUAGACAUUUUGAAUGAAAUACACUCUUCCACUUUAAAGCUGAUCUCCAAAAGUAGAAGCAGUAGUGUGUAUGAGCUUUUAGACAACUACAAGUAUCAAAAAGAUGCAAUUGGCAUUAAAAUUGCAGAAUUGGAGAAAGAUAAUGAUUUCAUAUACCACGAUAUAAUCCCUCUGAAGGUCACGUUGCCUGAGAUUAAGGCAAUGGAUGGAGUUAAAUUAAUUCCUAUUACCAAGAACGUCAUAUUCAAUGAAAUUAACGAGUAUAAUUACAGUAAUUUUUUCACAAACGUUGUACCUAUUACAAUUCAUGAAUUGAUGAGUUUUUAUUCAGAAGAGAAGUCACAAUUUUUGAGAAAUGAAUUGGACUUGUUCGAUGUUUCCAAUGAAGAAUUGAGCUCUGUAAUGGAAUAUUUGAAAAUGCCCAAAAGUUUGGUCAAUCUUAAGGAAAUAAUACAAAGUGACAGCAAUAUUGGCAAGAAUGCGUCAGAAUUGACAAUUCCUCCUUCUAUUAUCAAGCUUGCUCAAGAAAUAUCAAACUCAUAUUCAAACGACCUUUCAAAUAAAAGUCAAAUCCAAAAGAUUAGAGAUGAGAUUUAUUCAAUCAUUCAAAACAGUGAAAGUAACUCCUCUGAACACAAGGAAGAUUUACUCAAGUUGAAGAAGAGUUUUAUUGAAGCAAGUAAUAGGGACAAGGGAAUUUUUGAGCUUAUCAAAAGUGAUGAUAUGGCCUUAUAUAAUACCCUAGGUAAGGGCACUGACUCCAAGGAUUUUAAGCAAUUAUUCCUGCCUCACUCAGGAAAUGUUAAAACUGGUGCCGAAGAUAUGAGCUUAUUAGACAUCGAUGAUAGGAACGUACCAUCUGAUACCCUAAUCAAGAAUAAGAUUCACGACCUUGAAGAGAUCUUACACGACUUGCAUACCAUUAAGGUAAAUAAGGGCAAAAUAAUUGACUCAUUGAAAAGUGAAAUCCACAAUGACGAUAUUUCUGAUAUUUUAAUAUUGAAUACUAAAGUUAAGUCAACAAAUGAAAUCAAGAAUGUGAUAUUUCCAGAAGAAUUGAGAAAAUUUGAAAGAUAUUCAAAGGAACUUGACUCAUUAGUUAGUAAGCAGAAGAUUAUUCUGGAAAGCUUAGUCACUAAGUGGACACAAUUGUCGCAAGAUAGUAAGGUGAAGGAUAUCCAAUCAUCUUCUAAAUUUCAAGAGGAACUAUUGAAAGAUCAAGAAAGUAGAAUUAAUGCUUUGUAUGGAAACUGGAAGAGAUACACUACCGGUUUGAGUAAGGGUGUUGAGUUUUAUAAUUCGUUACUAGCUUAUGCGAAGGAUCUUUCUAAGAAGAUUAAAGAUAAGCACGAGGAAGUACAAUUGGAGCAGAGUUUUGGUGGAAUGAAUAUUCAUCCAAAAUAUGGGCCUCUGAAUCCUGGAUUCAGUCAAAACACUGGACCUCAAGCAAGUCAAAACACAGGAUACAGUCAGAGCUCAGGAUAUCACUCGGCCCAGAAUACCGGAUAUGCAUCAAAUGUGGGUCUGAAUUCGGGAUACCAACAACAAGUGCAGCAGCCGCAGCACCUGGGAUAUUCACUGCUGACUAGUCAACAUCAAGGAUACAGUCAACAGCCUCAAAUAUAUGGGCAACAGCCAGUAUUGCAGAAUACCUAUAGUGACCAAUCGGCUUACAAUAGGCCAAGCUACCCUAUCUCGAAUAGUAGUUACACCAACGCGCCUCUGUUACCCCCGAAGACCCCACACCACCCACAGCGACCUCAGCAGCAGUAUCAACAACCUCAGCAGCACCAGCAGCCUGGACCUACAAGCACAGGAAAACCAAACUCUGAGAGUGACUUGAUUUAUGAUCAGCCAUCCACAUACCAACCGAAUAUGUACAACUUUUUCUCAAGCAACCAGUAG